UGGUAACAAUUCUUUUGACACUGUCUUCAGUGACAUUGAACGUCAAAACAAAAAACACCCAUCGCUUCGCGUAUAAUUUAAUAUUAGCAAUAUCUCGGUGACGUUUCGAAACGCGUUUAAGCUUAACGUUACGUUAUCCUUAUAGAGUUUUUCCGUUCUAAUCCAACCGCUUUGUCUCAAAAAAAACUCUAAUAAACUAAAUUUUUUUCUGCAAUGACUUAAUCGUCAUUUAAACGCAACGAUGGAUAAUAACAAAUUGAGCCCAAUGAAAACCCAACCAGAUCCUGAGGAACCGUACCCAAGUUUAUCAGAUUAUCAUGAUUACGAACCAAAUCUUGAAUUCGACGACACCGAACUUUUGCAAGCUCCAAAUGAAAUGGAUAAUGGGGAGUUAUUAAUUGAUUUCAUGGAGAACGAAUCGAACGGAAUGGGUUCGCCUGUUUCUGAUUUUACUGAUGAAAAUUAUGAUGAACUUCUCAAUGGUCCAGCUAGUUUCAGUUUUGGUACGGAUACUUAUCCAGAAGUUGGUGGAGUAAGCUUUAGUGAUAUCGCCAAAUAUGGAAUUGUUGAUGUUAAGGGUGAUGAUGCAGAUGGACGUAAAGUUAUUGUUGUUUAUGCUUGUAAAUUACCUCCUACUAAUAUGAUCGACCACAACUGUUUAUUAGAGUAUUUAAAGGGAACAUUAGAUUUAUACGUAGAACAAGAUUACAGUUUAAUUUACUUCCAUUAUGGCCUAACGAGCAAAAAUAAGCCUUCCAUAGCUUGGUUGUGGCAAGCCUAUAAAGCGUUUGAUCGCAAAUACAAAAAGAAUUUGAAAGCUUUGUAUGUAGUCCACCCGACGAGCUUCCUCAAGAUUAUUUCACAAGUUUUCCGGCCGGUAAUCAGCGUAAAAUUCGGCAAGAAAUUGAAUUAUAUACACUCGUUGAAAGAAUUAAGUGAACAUAUCAAACUCGAACAAUUAGCUAUUCCGGAAGAAAUUAAAGAAUUUGAUAGAAAAACAACCGGGAAAAAUAACACAACUGACGUUGAUUCUAAAGGUAUUGAGCCAAUUGAAUCAACGCGACAGUUUGGUGUUACAUUACAAUUUAUAAAGAAGCAUUAUAAUGAGGAUAUUCCGCCUGUUGUUAAAGAAUGUGUUAAAUAUUUAGAUAAACCUGAUGCCUUAGAAACCGAAGGAUUAUUUAGGAGAUCUGCAAAUUUAACGAAAGUAAAACAAUUAGCGAGAGAAGCAAAUAAAGGAUCCCCAUUAACUUUUGAAUCUCCCCACGAAGCAGGAGCUUUAUUAAAAAAGUUUUUACGCGAAUUAAAAGAACCAAUUUUAACUCAAGAGUUAUAUGAUGAAGUUAUUCAAUUUCAAUAUUCUAGUAAAGAAGAACAAUUACGCCAAGCUUCUAUAUUAGUGAUGGAAAAAUUACCUGAGGAUAAUUAUAAAUUAUUAAAAUUUGUUGUGAGCUUUUUAUCGAGGGUAAUGGAACGUGCAGAUCUAAAUAAAAUGACGGCACAAAAUUUGGCUGUCGUUUUUGGUCCGAAUUUAAUAUGGUCAGAUAGUGUUUCAAUGUGUCUAUCGGCUAUAAUGCCUAUAAAUUAUUUUACACAAUUCCUAUUACAACACCACAAAGAUAUAUUCAUAGUGUAAAAAUCUCCAAAACAAAGAUACAAAAAGACUUGAAGUAGUAGACUUUUAUAAUGUAAACGAAAAGAUCGAACUGAGAGCCAAAGAUUUUUUUUGGUUAUUACAAAUUUGUAGAUUUUUCAGUUUUUGUAUAUUACUACAAUGUAUAUUAAUAUAAAUCUAGAUAUACUAUGAUGCAUUUGUUAUAUUAUUAGUAAUUUAUCUAAAUUGAGAUCUUUGUUGGAUUGAUGAUUAUAGUGAUGAUGAGUAGAAUGGGAAUUUUGAAGAAUGUUAAAUUAAUUGAUGUUAUACGUAAAACAAUAAUCUGUAACGUUUUCUUCCAGUAUAAUUUAUUGUUUCUACCUCUUUGUCUGUACUUUCCAUAAUCACUACUUUUCCAUUAGUUUGUACGUGAAUAAUUCUAUUUAUUUUUGUAUAUGUAUUAAUUAAUAUUAAUUUUUUUUUGUACAAUAAUCAAUGUGAUUGUAUUUUAACUUUAAUUUCCACAGGAUAUACGUUGUAUUCCACUUUGUUAACUUAUAAAUGUAAAAUAUAAAAAAUAUACACUAAAAAAAU